AGGCUCCUUCCCCGUCUGCUCAUGAACCCUUCGACGUAACGCUCCAGAAGAUACGUCGUGCUUCAAUAUUUCUCCAAGCACAAGCAAAAGUCCCAUUCUCACCGAUCUUCGACUUCAACGCCGCUGGAAUCCUCCCCGAAUCAAGAUGCGUCCGCUCUGGUGGAUAGCCUAAGACAUCUUCCGACGCCAACCCAAACACUCGCCCAACUUCUGCAUACCGCUCCGUCACUUAUCCUCCUCCCAUCUCCAAAAGGCCACACACAUACACACGCCACAGCAUUCCGGCUUCCAUCCGCGACGAACCCCGAAUUCCUCCCUUUGCCCCACGAUUAUCGAGAGACAUCCUCGUCGGGAUUGACUUAGACACUGCGGCCGUCCCGUCGUCGCCGUCAUGGCGCCGACUCCAGCAGAGCAACUCUCCGCCCCGGGUGCGGUGAGUUAUGACUCGGAAACGAUGGUAGUUGGUGAUGGAACCUGGGACUUCUCCAAGAACACCUUUCUGCUGCCCAAUUUGCAGGGCCUCAACUUUGAAACCAUGCGGUACAAUGGCAUGGGAAACAGAUUUUCCUCGAUCCCCCAAUACCACUCGCUAAUUGCAGCCCACGCUGUAAUGGGCGCUCUAAUAUUCCUCCUCCUUAUCCCCUUUUCCGUCAUGACAGCGAGGUUUUACUCGCAUCGUCCCGGAUUUGCUGUCAAAUACCACGCUCAGAUCAACAUCCUAGCUGGUAUCAUGCUGCUGGCCGUGUUCCUCUUGGGCUACUUUGCCGUCGGACCCGAGAGAAGCUUGACCAACCCGCAUCAUGGCAUCGGUGUUGCCAUUUUCGCCAUGUUUAUCCUUCAAAUCGUUGGAGGCCGAUUGGUCCGCCACAUCACAAAGUCCCGAUCUUUGCGCAUCAUGAUCCACCAAUGGUGUGGCCGAGCUAUUGCACUUUUGGGCAUUACCCAAGUCCCACUUGGGCUCACCCUCUACGGCUCUCCCAAAUAUCUCUUUAUCCUCUACGCUGUCUGGAUGAGCUUCCUGCUCGUCGUCUACUUCAUUCUGAGCUACCAGUCUGAGGGCCGACGGGAGUUCUAUAUGAGUGGCGCACGCUCUGCCCACACCGAGACAACCCGUACUAGAGUUACGGAAUCCGAGUAUUUUGCAUCCGACGUCAAGCCUGAGGAACAUGGCGGCAAAGCUAAAUGGCUAGGCCCUCUCGCAGCCGGCGCUGGUUUAUGGGCCCUGACCCGAGGACGAAACAAGAAUAGGGAGCGCAGUCGCAGUCGAUCUCGAUCUCGGUCUGUUGACCGUAGUCGUGCACCAGAAGUCCUUGCCUCAAGACGCGGCUCUGCCAGUUAUCUAUCUGAUAAGUAUUCCGAACUUCCACCACAGAAGACCAGCGGUGGCGGUGGAUUCAUGAAGAUCCUGGGCGGCGCUGCAGCGGCGAUCGGUGCUGGGAAAUUGGUUUCUGGCCUCAUGAAAAAGAGAGACCAACGGCGGGAUGACGAAUACUCUGCCGUUUCUACCGAAACGCCCCAACGAUAUCGAUCAACUCGUGGCGCCCCGACGAUGACUGACUUCACCAGCGAGGUGACACAGACAACUCGACACGAACCGGACAUGACCCAAACCUCUCUCAACCCACCCGCUAGAAACCCAGCCACGACAAUCAUGAGUAGGAGCGAAGUUGACUCGAGAAUGGACUCAAGAUUGGAUUCGAGAUUGGACUCGAGGUUGGAUUCCAGAUUGGACUCGAGAUUGAGCUCUCAACCACCGACAACACCACGACGUGCAACGCACGCCAACCGGUUUUCGAGGCGAAGUUUCGAAGAAUCCGAUUACUCGUCUUACGUGAGCCCAUCCCGAAAGCCGCAAGAGGAGCGUCCUAGCGGUGGUGGUAUUGCGAAGGGCUUCCUAGGUGGCCUUGGUAUGGGUUGGUUUGCAAAGAAGUUGGCUGAUCGAAAAGCCCAAAAGGAGGAGCAGCGACUGAGAGACGAGGAAGACCUGAGAUCUGGCACAUCUGUUUCUAGGUUUACUGGUGAUGGAUAUCAGUCGCCAACCAAGAAACCCGCCCGCCGACCCCCGCCUCAACGACGCCAGACAGGUUAUGCUCGCGACACAGUCUUAUCUUCCGAGAUGACUGAAUCAAGAUUGACCGAAUCAAGUGUUGAACCCCGUCCGCACCGAGGGCCAUACAUGGCCCAUACAGAUCUCAGCACCCUUCCCCCGAGCACCUUGCCGCCAAGCACCCUACCACCGAGCACUCUGCUACCUAGUACCAUACCACCUAGUACUAUGCCGCCUAGCGCGCUACUGCCGGUUGCAAGUGGUAAUACUUCUAGGUCAAGGCAGGACGUUGAACAUGUGUCAAUGCCGCUGAUGCCUUCAGACCCGCAAGGUAUUCUGGCUGUUGGUGGAUCCGAAAACUCUGGUAACUCGCCGGGCUCCCGUCCCCAACGAUCUCGGCAAGGAAGAGCCCCGGCAUUGGGUGGAGCCAUGGCUACUGAAAGCGAUCUACCUCAUCCAGAGGACAGAGUGCGAUAUGCCUCGCCUGCGAGUCUGAGCGUCAAGUUGAAGGUUCAUGACGACCGCGAUCGAAACGUAACCCUUCGCCGGCUCACUGAGGAAGAGGCGAUCAAGGCAAGAGGUCGCAGAGAAUCCGAGAGCAGCAUUUCGGGACUGGAGUCGCCUUCCUAUGGGCGUCGACGAUACCGACGAGACGAGAGUCAAAGGAGGGCCGAGUCGGCUGCUGAACGGAGAGCAGAGGAGGAUGAGCGCCUAGCAACUUUGUCGCCACCAAACCCGGCCUUUGCGAAGACUCGUCGAGGCAAGGACUCAGCCUACUACUCUGGGCAGCAGCCACAGGGAGGACCCUCCAGCUCUGGCCCCCCUCCUCCUGCCACCCCGUCGGGAGUUCAGACUGUGUCAAGCAUUGUCAGUAUGGAUGGUGCUGGCACCUGGAGCGCUAUGACUCCAUCCCCACCUGGACCGGACAAGCCUACACCAGCUGGAUCUGCGGCCGCCGAUAACCGGAGACGACGACGACAAGAACGAAGACGGCCUAGUGAAACGAGCAGGCCCCCUGCAGGAGCGGACAUGUUUGAUUAGAGAGUCUACGCUUGCGUGGUAUGUCAUGGUGGACUGAAUCUGUCAAACACUCUCUACUCCCGUCGUAGUUUCACGGUGAUUAUUUAUCUUCUCGCUUUUCACGUGCCCUCAAGGGCUGGGGCAACCUGGGGACGGGAUACUGGUGCUGCAUGGCGUUUCGGAUACUUGGUGGCAUUUUGUUGCAUUUCGCGCUCAAUCUCGAUUUUCGAUGUUAGACAUGAACGGACACUGAGACGUCUCGAUGAAUGAAUCUUUGGACCCAAGAAAGAAGAUCAAGCAGGCAAAGGACUGAAGAAAGAAUUAAGCAACUAAGAGUAGAAGAUUGAAUUGAAUAAUGUGGCUU